UAUCUCUGGCAAUGAGGGUUUGGUAUACAUAAAAGCGCAGUGCAAGAUUCCAACGUUUCCAAGACAUCUUCCGAGAAGUCAUGAAGUGCAUACUUAUCCUCGCCACCGUUUGCGCGGUUGCCUUUGCUCAGGGAGAGCAUGGUGACCCAGCUGCCCGCCUGGUGAGAGACCAAGUCCAUGCCCUGCUGCAGGCCACCCCAACCCUCUCGGUAGCCGACUGCACGGCCAAGUGCGAUGCUGUCUUCGCCUUGGAUGUUCCUCGGGAGGAAGAACUCACCGACCAAGACUGUGCCAGGGAGUGCCAGAGGCAAAUCCAUGGAGAGCCGACUGGCCCACCACGUGCCUCUCAUGGCCCAUAAACAGUCAACGAAAGGCGUCGAGUUCAGGCUUGACUGAUAAAAGAAAAGAAGUGACUGUCCGUUUUUUCAAUAAACAGAAUUCGUUCUGUUUA